AUGAAGUGGUUCCUUCUCUACCUUGGCGCCGUCAUGUCGCUGGCCGGUCCAGCAUUUGCCGCACCGCUCGGACCGACGGGGCCUUGUGCCAGGGACAAGGUGGACGCCAUCCUCAAGGGCGAGCUGGACGCGUCCGAAUGCUGUUCGUACGGCAAGUGCAAGGGCAACGUCGUGGUCUCGGUGACGGCACCGGCCCACGAGCAAGGCAUCGGCACCUUUGAACUCGUCGCCGCUCGGAAUGGGAGGGCCGCCGUGGCCGUCGGCUUCGUCGAGACGGCCGGCGUACGGCAGACGCACGACGACGCAUCGGCUGCGAGCGAAGCGGACCGUCGAAGCAAAUCGACGAGCGCGAGGGCCGAUUGGACGGGCGUGGCAUGCGUCGGCCGACUUUGUGCACGCGAAAUGGAACGGAAGCGGUGCCCGAGGCGCGCUCAUUCGGCGAGCGGCGGCGAUGCGGCAGGCAGCGCCGGUGCCCCCUCGCCAAUGGAAACCAUGACGACGCGUGCGUGCCUCCUUCGGCACUCGGCACCGUCCAUGGCGAAGCUCUCGAGGAACACGAGGAAGCAGAGCGUGACGCAACGAGACAACGGUUCGGGCCACGAUCAGGUCGAAUCGGGAACAAUGCGGUGCGCAUCGCCAUGA